GCUCGAGCUCUGAUUAGUGACUGCUUUGCGUCGUACUAGUCGAGUAGACGCCGACUCCACACGGAGGAAUUGCCCCGACUGUAUGGUGCAAAACCUUUUAAUAUAUUUACUUCUUUUUAGGGACCGGCUGUAUGAUUAAGCUACAAUCUUCAAUGAGUAAGCAUAUCCCACAGUUCUGUGGUGUUCUGGGUCACACAUUUAUGGAGUUUCUGAAGGGCAGUGGGGACUACUGCCAGGCACAGCACGUAGCUGCCUAUGCAGACGAGUGAACAGCAGAACCCGCCACCCCUCCGAUCACAUUGGACCCACAGGAGGAUCUGAAACGUUGGCAGGAUCGGGAACCCUCCUAACCUACCAGCAGAACAAGCCUGGAUGGGGUAACUCUACCCGCUGCACACUGCCCUCGUUGGCUUCUGCCCGGUCAGAAUCAAGGGUGGAUCUGCUCCGUUUUCCCCAAGGAGAACGGGUUUGAAUUUGAUUGUCCGGUCCCGUUUUUCUGCCACCCCGACCUCCUUUUGACCCCAUUGCCGCCUUUAGCCCGCCCGUCACAGAGCAUUUUCAUUGCAGGGAAUGUAGUUUGACAUUUUGUUGACAUUCCCUCCCCUUCUAAAGAAGUGGUUUUGUUAGAUUUUCUUUGUGGAAGGAAGAUUUUUGUGACACCAUGGCACGAAUGAACCGACCCGCCCCUGUGGAGAUCACCUACAAAAACAUGAGGUUUCUGAUUACCCACAAUCCUACAAAUGCCACUCUCAAUAAAUUCAUUGAGGAAUUGAAGAAGUAUGGUGUGACCACCGUUGUGAGAGUUUGCGAGGCCACAUAUGAUGCCACCUUGGUGGGGAAAGAGGGAAUCCAGGUUCUGGACUGGGCGUUUGAUGACGGAGCUCCUCCUUCCAACCAGAUUGUCGAUGAUUGGUUGAACCUUUUGAAGACAAAGUUUAGGGAGGACCCUGGUUGCUGCAUUGCUGUCCAUUGUGUAGCUGGCCUGGGAAGAGCCCCUGUCAUGGUGGCCCUGGCAUUGAUUGAAUGUGGUAUGAAGUACGAAGACGCUGUCCAGUUCAUCCGGCAGAAGCGUCGCGGAGCUUUCAACAGCAAGCAGCUCUUCUACCUGGAGAAGUAUCGUCCAAAGAUGCGCCUGCGCUUCAAAGACUCCAACGGCCACCGCAACAACUGCUGCGUCCAGUAGUAGAGCCAACUCACGGUCCGUGCCGACAAUGCCCCCUACAAAACGAAAUUAAUUGAAUCUCUUCAAGCUUAUCUACCUGGCAGGCUGGUUUUCUUUACCUUAGUCCAUUGUGUGAAUCAUUUUAAUUGGAAGUCCAUUCCCAGAUAAUUCAAGUGUUCCCUUCUCUUUCCUUUUUGAAUUGCGAGUGUCAAAAAAGAAAAAAGAAAAAAGGGUUGUUUGUGAACAAGUAACAGUGAGUGCGUGUUCUUUGUGUGCCCAUAGAAUUGGAAAGGAGCACAGCCAGUGAAGUAUUGUAUCAUUUUGUGAACAUCCAGUUGUUGGAUUAUACAUGUUGAACACAGCCCACAGUUUGAAAUUGUCAAGGAUGCUUAUUGCGUAUGCUUUAAAUCAUGAUGAUUUAACGUAAGUAAUAAGGUAUCCCUUUCAAUUUUAUGAUGAAAGUAACUGCCCAGUGUUUCCAGAUUUGUUUGAAGUAUGACCUGUAGUUGUUUACAAUAUGUAAAAUGUUUUCCUUUCCUGAAAAUAGUAGUUAAGUAUGUUCAAAGCAGCUUUUCUGUGUUGUAAUGGUAUGUACCCCAACAACCGAAUGGCAUGGGCAUAAACAGGUCAUUAAAAACAUUCAAACGAGUAGAUGGCUGAUUGGCCAGCUUACGUGCCUCUGGAGAAUAUCAUACUCUGAGGUAGUUGUAAGCACAAGGACUUUUUGUUUCAGCUAACAAUUUGCGAUGGACUUCUAGAAAACGGCAAAUAUCACGUUGUUCACAUGAGUACGGAAUGAGUCAUUGUUACAUGGUAAUUAAUUAACAGCAGUUAGAUAAUCACUGGACAGUUACUUUAAGUUUGAUACUGAAUAGAAAGAUGUAUGCCUUCCAACAGUUAAAACUUGAAAUGCCUUACAACUGAAAUGUAACAAAAAGGCAAUCGAGUGGGUUUGUCAUCCUCUGCAUUAGGAAAGGUGUUUCAUUUUUCUACUUGGAACAAAAACAUAGUUUUGCCUUUGUCUCAUGCAGGACGUCCACACACAUACGUCCUUUCAGUAACUUUUUAAUAUACAAUGCUUAGUUGCAAUAUUUGUUUAUUGAAAGUCUGGGACCUUGUAAUGUUUUUAUUUUUUCUUAUCAAACCUUGUUUACUAAUUACUGCCAUGUCCGAAAUGUGAUUUUGUGUUUUUUCGCUUUGAAACUGGACUUCAACGUCUGCAAUAUUUUGUAUGCCUUUAUUUUUGAUGUGCGUAACUUAAUACUUCGAUACUUGAUGAUUUAUGUAUUUCAAAAUGUGUAUUAGGUUGGCUAUUUAUACUAUGAAUGGAUGUUUUAGUACCGUGAGCGACAAAUUGUAACUGUUCACCAACUUGUGAGAGUACAUUAAAAUGAUACACUGAGAAGUGA